AUGAGCGCCGACGAUCACUUGUUGUCUGAUCAAAGGAGUAAUGUGGAGCUAUACGAUGUUGAAGAGACUGCUGGUAGAAAGGGCGUGACCGUCACUCUUCAUCUAUUACUUUCGAUGAUUGUAGCGUGUUUAGGGUCUUUGCAAUAUGGGUACCAUAUGGGAGAGUUAAAUGCGCCCCAGGAUUAUAUAACGUGCAAGGCAGGUUCAGAUCCGAGAUAUAGGGAUUCUUUUCUUGGACGGUUUGGGCUAUCGGAGUGCAUAGAGAUGAGCGAGUCUCAAUUCGGGUUAGUCACUUCGGUUUUUAGCAUUGGUGGGUUAAUUGGUUCACUAGUGGCAGGUCCAUUAGCAGAUAAGUAUGGCAGAAAACCAAUUAGCUAUUGGAAUUGUGGCUUUGGAAUGUUGGGGUCUGCGUUGCUCUUUAUUAGCAACAGUUAUUAUGAGAUGUUAUUCGGGAGGCUCUUGGUCGGAGUGUCGUGCGGCAGCUUGAUUGUUGUCACACCUUUGUUUAUCAACGAAAUGUCUCCGUCGAGUCUCAAGGGGUCAUUGGGAUCCAUGAACCAAGUGAGUAUUAACUGUGGUAUAUUGGUUACGCAGUCGUUGGCAAUGGCUUGGGCAAACAUGUUGCAAUGGAGAUGGAUUUUACUGUUUGGCGGAAUCAUAUCUUUUGUGAACUUCGUUCUAUUAUUUAGGAUCAGCGAAUCUCCAAAGUGGCUUGUUUCAAGGGGAAACAUUACAGAUGCAGAAGACGUCUUGUCACAGUUGCGUGGAGGAUCUCGACAAGAAUCUCGACAAGAAAUCAACGGUUGGAUCCAGGGGUCUCAACCCCAACCAGUGCGGUCUUUCAGAGAUUUAGAAGCCCACACCAACGCCCAGCAGGAUCUGGGUGUAACACAAAAUUUGGCUAGACCAUCUUCGACGAGAUCUUCACUUCGCGAUUAUGAAACCGUCUCUCUAUUAGAAUAUUUCAACGAUCCAAAAUACAGAUAUCCAAGAAGAGUUAUAUCUACAAUACUUAUGGCUCAGCAAUUUUGCGGUGUAAACUCUAUUAUAUUUUAUGGUGUCAAAGUGAUCAAGAAAGCGUUCCCAAACACUGCUAUAAUUAUCAACUUUGGGGUUUCCAUCGUGAACGUUUUGGUAACGUUUUUUUCUUCUCCAUUAGUAGACCGCUGGGGUAGGAAGCCCUUAUUAAUCUGUUCAUCCACAUUGAUGGCAUUGUGCUCUUUCAUGAUUUGCAUAGGUAUUGUGAAUAGUAUACCAUUGAUACUUGCUGUGUUUGUUGUUUUAUACAUCACUGCGUUUGCAUGUGGAUUGGGGCCCAUCCCAUUUUUAAUCAUUAGUGAGCUUUCACAUCCCGAGACUGUCGGUACUGCUCAAAGUUACGGCACAACCAUGAACUGGAUUGCGACGUUUAUUGUGGGGUAUGGAUUUCCCGCCCUUAAUAGUGUAAUUGAUGGGUAUGUGUUUUUAUUGUUUUCUGGAGUUGCUGCAUGCUUUUCGUUGUACGUCUACCGUUUCGUUCCUGAAACAAAGGGUAAAUUAGAUUAUACAGACAUUUGGAAAAGUAUUGACCCCAGAGUCGCUUACAGUCAAUGA